ACGAGCGAUAAUGAUGGGUCGGUUACGAGCAUUGAGAGCGUGCCUGUUGGGCCGCCGCGGGGACGAUUGACGCUUACCAUCGUGCAGGCGAGAAACCUGAAGAUCUCGAACCCGAAUGCGAGCCCGUAUGUUGUGUGUACCUUCGAGGGUAACGAGUUCAUCACCAGAGAGCCCGUACCCGAGAACGACGACAUGGCACGCGGAGUCGUUAUUCCCAAGUCUCGUCAGUCAUCAUUCACAGAGCUCACAGAGCUCAACGGCGGAAGGCCUACGAUGAGCCGUGCGGGAACCAGCAGGCCUGGAUCUGGCAUGAACACGCCCUCGCUGAGCCCGAACCCGCACAAGAACUACCAGAAGGCUUCGAGCCCGUUUUGGAGGCACGAGGCUGCGUUCGACGUUUGUGGUGAGCACAGCGUCCUCGACGUAUCCGUCUACGACAAAUCCGACUCUGAGCUCUUCUUGGGUCACGUCCGUAUCCACCCGAUCCUGAAGCACGAACACGUUUCGGACGAGUGGUAUAAGCUCCAGGUCCGUGACUCGAAGGAAGGUAACGAGAAUGAUGACCACGUCGGUGGUGAGAUCAAGAUUUCGAUGGUUUAUGAGAACGUCGAGAAACGCCACUACGGACCGGACGAUUUUGAGGUUCUGAGGUUGAUUGGAAAGGGAACGUUCGGUCAGGUGUACCAGGUCCGCAAGAAGGACACGCAGCGCAUUUACGCCAUGAAAGUCCUUUCCAAGAAGGUCAUCGUGCAGAAGAAAGAAGUCGCUCACACCAUCGGCGAGAGAAACAUCUUGGUCCGUACCGCCAUGGCCGACUCGCCAUUCAUCGUCGGACUCAAGUUCUCGUUCCAGACGCCUACUGACUUGUAUUUGGUCACUGACUACAUGUCUGGUGGAGAAUUGUUCUGGCAUUUGCAGCAGGAAGGAAAGUUCUCGGAGGCGAGGGCUAGGUUUUACAUUGCGGAGCUUGUGUUGGCGUUGGAGCACUUGCACGACUAUGAUAUCGUUUACCGUGAUUUGAAACCGGAGAAUAUCCUGCUUGAUGCGAAUGGUCACAUCGCGCUUUGUGACUUUGGUCUUUCCAAGGCCAACCUUUCGGCUGAUGCUACGACCAACACAUUCUGCGGCACGACUGAAUACCUUGCUCCCGAGGUCCUCCUCGACGAUGCUGGUUACACUAAGCUCGUUGACUUCUGGUCCCUUGGUGUCCUUGUCUUCGAGAUGUGCUGUGGAUGGUCUCCAUUCUACGCCGAGGACACGCAGCAGAUGUACAAGAACAUCGCGUUCGGAAAGGUCAGGUUCCCCAAGGACGUUCUCUCUCAGGAGGGAAGGAACUUUGUCAAGGGCCUGUUGAACCGUAACCCGAAGAACCGAUUGGGUGCCACGAGGGAUGCGGCAGAAUUGAAGGAGCACCCCUUCUUUGCUAACGUCGACUGGAACGCGAUGUUGAGAAAGGAGGUUCCGCCUCCCUUCAAGCCGACAUUGACGAGCGAGCUUGACACCUCGAACUUUGAUCCCGAGUUCACUAAUGCGCCCGCGACUGUCAGACCUGGGAACGAGAUUACCGCGUCUACGCCUUUGUCGCCUGGUAUGCAGGAGAAGUUCAAGGGUUUCACGUUUGUGGAUGAG